AUGAAUCCAACAUCUAUGUUAGUAGAGAUGAAAAGCUUCAUUCCUUCUUCAUAUACUUUCGAAACAGAAAUCCAGAAGAUAAAGCAAGAACUUCUCCAAGGAGAUUUAGAUUGCACUGCAAAAGAUGAAACAAAUGAACAAUAUCUCUAUGAAAUGCAGGACCUCAUCGACCAUCUACCUAAACUUCCUGAAAUCCAACAACAAAAGCUUACUAUUCCUGAAUUCGAUGAAAUUGAAGUCAGACCAACCGACUCAGUAGAAAUAAAGAAGUUCAUACGAAAGGUAAACUAUGAAUUUCUAGGAUUUCAUUGCAACCAUAAGGUUAUGGACAAAGACUGCGAUAUGGUAUAUAAGAACAUCUCUGACAUAUAUAAAUCUGAAGAAUUUAAGACCUACGACAACUUUGUUUCGUUAGUUGCUGAAUGUGUAUGGCAGAUAAGAGAUAAAGAUAGAAGAGGUAAAAUAUGGAACGAACAAAUAAAACCUGCAUGUUUUGAAUUUAAGAGGACCAUUGACGCUAUAGUUGUACUUGCAGGACAAAUUUCAAUGUACAAUGCUAAAAUGAACCCGCAAUGUUCUAAAUGUAAAGCAGCAAUGAGGAAAUAUAACUACUCCGUCAAAGA